AUGGCAACUCAGGUCAGGAACGGCAACCAAGCGCUGUCAGCAGAGAUGACCGUGGUCAACUACACUAAUCACGGAGACGCCUCACGGCUGUUUGUGGCAGCCAAAGUAGGUGAUUCUGAGUCUCAUCCCUGGCCUCAUGCCAACGUUGUGUUGAGUUGUGCCGAGUUCCUCCAGGAACACAACAGAAGACAUCCCGAGUUCCAUAAAGACACAUCAACAACGCAGACUGCUUGUAGCGCAAAUGAUGCUUUGCAGCAGAGAGAGUGUCAGGAAUCUAUCGUAUUUCAUGUUGAAGAAAACCGAGUCUCGCAAACAGGAUCUCUACAGGGUCACAAGCAAUCGAUCUCAGGAGAUAGACUGUAUAAAUGUUCCCGAUGUGGUGAGAAUUUCAUACAUUCAGGGCACCUCAAGAUACACCAGCAAUCACUCCGAGAAAAGCGUCUGUAUAAAUGUGUGGAAUGUGGGAAGAGUUUCACAGGAUCGGACAGUCUGCAGAUACACCAUCGAUCACACACAGGAGAGAGGCCAUAUAAAUGUGCAGUAUGUGGAAAGCGUUUUGCAACGUUAGCUUAUCUCCAGAUACACUAUCGGUAUCACACAGGAGAGAGGCCAUAUGAAUGUGUUCAGUGUGGAAAGAGUUUUACACAAUCAGGAGAACUCCAGAGACACCAGCAAUCACACACAGGAGAGAAACCGUAUAAAUGUGCUGAAUGUGGAAAGAGUUUCACAAGGUCGUGAUCUCUCAAAAUGCACCAUCGAUCACACACUGGAGAGAGACCAUAUAAAUGUGCUGAGUGUGGAAAGAGUUUUUUAUCCUCGAGUAAACUCCAGGGACAUCAUCGAUCACACACAGGAGAGAAACCAUAUAAAUGUGCAGAAUGUGGAAAGAGUUUCAGAGCAUCAGGAUCGCUCAAAAUACACCAUCGAUCACACACUGGAGAGAGACCGUAUAAAUGUGCUGAGUGUGGAAAGAGUUUUUUAACCUCGAGUAAUCUCCAGGGACAUCAUCGAUCACACACAGGAGAGAGGCCACACAAAUGUGUUCAAUGUGGAAAGCGUUUCACAACGUUGCCUUAUCUCCAGAUACACCGACAGUCACACACAGGAGAGAAACCGUAUAAAUGUGCAGAAUGUGGAAAGUAUUUCACAACGUCAGGUUAUCUCCAGAGACACCGACAAUCACACACAGGAGAGAAACCUUAUAAAUGUGUUCAAUGUGGAAAGCGUUUCACAACGUCAGGGAAUCUCCAGACACACCAGCGAUCACACACAGGAGAGAAACCGUAUAAAUGUGCAGAAUGUGGAAAGUGUUUCACAAGGGCAGACAGUCUCCAGAGACACCAGCGAUCACACACCGGGAAAAGGCCACACAAAUGUGUUGAAUGUUGAAAGAGUUUCACAAAGUCAGGAGACCUCCAGGGACACCGACAAUCACACACGGGAGAGAAACCGUAAAGAUGUGUUGAAUGUGGAAAGAGUUUUAAAAGGCCAAGUUAUCUCCAGAGACACCAGC